AUGCUCCGCCCGGUUGCAGUGGGUUUGCGCGGCCUUAGUCGGUAUGGUUCCUGGGGAAGUGAGAACUACGACGCAGACGUCACAAAGUGGGGCUACAAGCUCCCGAUGCUUGCCGUGGAUUACACUCGGUCCGUGACCUCGCCAACCGUUUUUGAGGGAAAGAAGAUCCUGGAUGCGGGGGCCGGCACCGGUCUACUGGCCCAAGGCUUGAAGGAUGCAGGUGUGAAGGACGCGACUGCCAUUGACAUCAGUACAGAGCUCCUCUCCAAGGCCAUGAAGUCUGGAUUCUACUCCUGCUGCAAGGCAGUUGUCCGCGAGGUGACCGCAGCCCUCCAACUUGUUCCAGCUCCCGCAGCCGGUGGGGCUCCGCCUGCAUGGGCGGCACCAAUGGUAGCCAACGUCGCCACCUUGACAGCCAACGUCGCCACCUUGACAGCAAGCAACGCCAAUCAGCGUCGCUGCAGCAGAAAUGCAGCAGCAAUUCGACGAGAUGUCGAUGGUGCAGGCCCGCAGCCAGUCGAGAUGCUCUGCAAAGAGCUACCUGGAUUUGGCGUGCUUCCAGCAGGGGCGCUGCCGCCGCCAGUCCUCGCCGCUCACUCGCCACAUCCUGGACCGGCUGUCUUCCCGCCACCUGCGCUGCACCAGCCAGCAACAACCAGAAUCAGCCUGACAGGUCAGCAGAUCAGCUUCUUGCAGUGCUGGUACAAUGACACAUUCGGCAUUGUAGCCGGUGACGCUGUUCGCGCCCAGCGCGGUGCUCAGCUUGAGACUCUGAACUUCCAAGUAAAGGGGGGGGCAAUUGAGCUCCUGUAA